AUGUCUACUCAAGCUCAACAAAACGAAAAGAAGAUCAACGAGAACGUUGACAAGGCCGCUGAACAAACCAAGCAAGAGUUGUCAAAGUUAAGAGCUGAAUACGAAGAACUCAAGAGAACUGCCAAGCCCAAGGUCCAAGAAGCUGAAACCUUUUUGACUUCUCCUACUGCUAUCGGUUUCUACCAAGGUCUUGUCGUUGGCGUCUUUAUCGUCUUGGGCUAUGCUAAAUAUAAGGGUGGUUUGGUCGUUUAA